CAGGUUUAGGGCGGAAGGAUUGUCUCAGGAUAAGAAGGGGAACGAAAGAUGGCGGCGGAAACUCCGCUGUCCAGUCUGUUGUGGCUGCUGUUCCUGGGAUUCCUGUUACCUGCAAGUCUGACUGGCGGUGUCGGGAGCCUGAACUUGGAGGAACUGAGUGAAAUGCGUUAUGGGAUCGAGAUCCUGCCAUUGCCUGUCAUAGGAGGGCAGAGCCAAGCUUCGGAUGUAGUGAUUGUCUCCUCUAAGUACAAACAGCGUUAUGAAUGUCGCCUGCCAGCUGGAGCGAUUCACUUCCAGCGUGAAAGGGAAGAGGAGACACCCUCUUACCAAGGGCCUGGGAUCCCUGAGUUGUUGGAUCCAAUGAGAAGCGCUCCCUGCCUACUGAAGACCAAGGACUGGUGGACGUAUCAAUUCUGUUAUGGACGCCACAUCCAGCAGUAUCACAUGGAAGAUUCAGAGAUCAAAGGUGACAUCCUCUAUCUCGGCUACUACCAGUCAGCCUUCAACUGGGAUGAUGAAACAGCCAAGGCCUCCAAGCAGCAUCGCCUGAAACGCUACCACAGCCAGACCUAUGGUAAUGGGUCCAAGUGUGAUCUCAAUGGGAGACCCCGGGAGGCUGAGGUUCGGUUCCUCUGUGACGAGGGUGCAGGGAUUUCUGGGGACUACAUUGACCGCGUGGAUGAGCCCUUGUCCUGCUCCUAUGUGCUGACCAUUCGGACUCCUCGGCUCUGCUCCCAUCCGCUCCUCCGGCCUUCACCCAGUGCUGCACCACAAGCCAUUCUCUGUCACCCCUCCCUGCAGCCUGAGGAGUACAAGGCCUACCUUCAGCAGCAAGAGGUAGACUCAAAGCAAUAUGAAAAUAAAAUCACAGAGAAGCUACAAGAUCUGGACUCCCAAAUGUGGAGUGAGACCAAGUCUGGGGUGUCGCCCCCAAAGGGAGAAGAUGCAAGCCUAGCCAAGGACGACAGUAAAGAAUCCGAUUUCUGGAAGAUGCUUCAGGAGCCGGAGGACCAGGCCCCAGGAGGGGAGGAAGUACAGGCAGAGGAACAGUACCUAAACCUCGAGAAUGCAGCAGAUCCGGCUCCAGGCCCUCCAGAUGAUUUUCAGAACAAUGUGCAGGUCAAAGUCAUUCAGAGUCCUGCAGACUUGAUUCGAUUGAUAGAGGAGCUGAAAGGUGGAACAAAAAAGGGGAAGCCAAACACAGGCCAGGAGCAGCCUGGAGAUGAGGUUGCCGAAGCCCCUCACAGAGAGCCGGAGGUGAAGGAAAAGGGUGACGCAGAGCAUCAGAGUGUGGUGGAAGAAGCGGACAGUGAUGAGGAUGAAGAUGAAGACGCCGAUGAAAGGCAGUUACUGGGAGAAUUUGAGAAGGAGCUGGAAGGGAUACUGCUCCCGUCAGACCGAGAGCGGCUCCGUUCCGAAGUGAAGGCUGGCAUGGAGCAGGAGCUGGAGGACAUCAUCCAGGAGACAGAGAAGGAGCUGAACUCGGAUGGGCUGAAGAAAGAUUCAGAGCGUGAGCGGGCAAUGCUGGUUCUGACAUCCACUCUCAACAAACUCAUCAAAAGACUGGAGGAAAAACAGAGUCCUGAACUGGUGAAGAAGUACAAGACAAAGAAGACUGUCCCCAGAAAAGGUCUCCCAUCACCCCACUCGACAGAGGAGGAUCCUGAGCACAGAAUCCGGGUCCGGGUCACCAAGCUCCAUCACGGAGGCCCCAAUCACGAUCUGACUGUCCUCGAGAUGAAACGGGAAAACCCACAGCUGAAACAAAUCGAGGGGCUGGUGAAAGAACUGCUGGAGAGGGAGGGACUCACGGCCGAAGGGAAAAUUGAGAUCAAAAUUGUCCGCCCUGGGGCUGAGGGGACUGAGGAGGAUGGACGUUGGCUGACUGAUGAAGACACGAAAAGCCUCAAGGAGAUUUUCUUCAAUAUCUUGGUGCAGGGAGCUGAAGAGGCCCACAAAGAGCGCCAGCGGCAGAAGGAGCUAGAGAGCAAUUACCGCCGGGUGUGGGGCUCACGAGACGGUGAGGGCACUGGAGACCUGGAUGAAUUUGACUUUUGACAUACCACUGCAGCGUGUUCCUGACUGACCCUGCCUCCUCCUCACCUCACCUCUGGGUCCCUGAAGGCAAAACACCAGAGAACAACAGAACAGUGGGCCUCUGUGGCCCAAACUCUGGGGAGUAGAGGGCUCUGGGGUAAGCAGUGCUGCAGCUGGCAAGAGCCACCCACAGACCUCCCCACGCCUGUGGCUUUUGCUCUCCUGGGCUCUCCCUGUGUGCUCUUCAUUUCCUCCUCAGCUUUUCUUGUUAGUGUCCCCCAACUUGUUGACUCUUUCUUCUUACCUAGAUUCAGUGAGAUCCUGUGUGUGGUCAGGGGAGGGAGAGUGGGGUGGUUAAAUAGACCCUAAGAAAGCAGGCUGCCCCCCGUGCUGUGGCUGUUUAGAGUUACUUUACCCACUUCCCUGGGAUGGCCUUGGGAUUUCCUUCUCCCUUUCCCAGUUCCCACUGUCCCUACAAUCUGUGCUUCUGGGCUGAGGAGCCUUCACUUCCAUUGCUGAGGAAAUGGAGACCACUGCACAUCACUUCCGACACAAUCUCAGCUGAAAGGGUUGGGUACAGAAGCAUCCACCACAUUCUCCAACAAUCAGGUUUCUAAAUAAAGAACUGGACCACCAA